CUAAAUUAUCAGAAUAGCUGAGUAGCUAUCAGUUGGGAGUUGAAUGAGCACUAAAUACAUUGAACCAAAAAGCCAUUAAUAUUCUAGUUUAGGAGUUAGGGAACUUUUAAAAUGGUUUUCAAUUAAUGCACCUCUCCAUCUUAACAUGUACACUUCCAUGUCCGCUCUCUCUCUCUCUUCUUUCUGUAUCCACUUCCUCUCUUGAGAGCGCAACUUGAGACGACUUCCCUUAAAAAUAAUAAAAAGUUGGGGAGAGACCUUUGUUAAUUUCAUCGAGAUUUGGUGUAGAAAUGGGUGUAAUUGGAAGAAAGGAGGCUUUUCUAAGGGUUCUUUCUACCGUGUUCUUAGUGUUGACAGUUUGUCUUGUGGCAUUCGAUGCACAAACUAAACUUCUCUUCUAUUCAGUCGUCCGAAAAGCAACGUUUAGAGACUUGAAUGCUUUGUUUGUUUUGGUAUGGAUUGAUUCUGCUGCUGCUGUAUGCAAUCUGCUCCAACUAUUCAGAGGUUAUAUUUUACCCGGUUCUAAAGAAGACCUAACAAGCAAUUACAGGUAUCUGGCUUGGGGUUUUUGCCUAUUGGACCAGGCAGCAGCAUACAUUGUGUUCGCAGCCAAUUCAGCGGCGGCUCAAGCAUCAAUGUUGGCAGUAACUGGUGAAAGCAGUUUUCAGUGGAUGAAGGUUUGCAACAGAUUCACAAGGUUUUGCAUUCAAAUUGUUGGGGCUUUAUUAUGUGCCUAUUGUGCAUCUAUUUUCAUGGCUGUGAUUUCCUCAAUCUCUGCUUAUAAUCUGUUCAGAUUUUAUUCUCCAAAGAAGUUCCUUUUGUUGAAGGGCAAAUAAGAAGGAAUUUUCUGUAUAAAACUAUGUAACAUAAGACUUUGUUUAAAUUGUCACGCACUUUAAGUAGGUUGAUACUUAAGUUACGGGAAUUUUUGUACUUUACCUAUAUAUUCUUUAUCUAAUUUUCACAACCCAACCUCAAUAUGUUAAGACUUGGGGUUUUCCAUC